UGAAGGAGCGAGAGAGGAGAGAGUCUGUUCUCCACACUCACCUAAACAUCCUGGCUCUCCGGAUAUGCACCUGCAGCCUCUCCUUGCAGUCCUCCUCCUCCUCCUCCACCUCCUCCUCCUGUCCUCCUCACCGGCGGUCGGACAGCGGUAGUGCGCACUGAGCAGCGGGAGUGCGCAAGGCUACACCGGCAUGCACCUGGAGAGAAACCGCCCCGCCAAGCCGUCCAAGGGCUCAGCCGGAGACGCAGCAGCAUGCAGAGCGAUGCUCUAACGGCAGGGAUAACGCAGCAGAGCGCCGGGCGGAUAUCGGAGCUGCAGCAUGGGCGUGGGAGAGAAGGCACAGCCAAAAUGAAAGCGAUGUAAAUCCGAGGACAUCAGAAGGGUGGGUGGGGGGAACCCAAGUAGCGUUCGGAUCGGAGUUGUCCCGGGUGUAUUUUGGGGCUUGGUUUGGUGUCUUGUUCUCUGAAAUUCACCAACACUUCACCAGUACUUUUCCCUGUCAACCUGCACUGGAGAUUAAAAGGAUGGAGAAAGGCGCACAGCCGCAGCUGUCCAAAAGCGCAGAGAGUCCGGCGGAGGACAUCUCCAAAAUGAACGACGAGGAGCUGCUGAAGUGGGGCAAAGAGGAGCUGGUGCGGCGGCUGCGGAGGACGGAGGCAGAGAAGAGGGGCGUUAUCGUGGAGCACGGCAAUCUGAUGCGGGAGGUGAACCGGAGACUCCAGCAACACCUGAACGAAAUACGGAGUUUGAAGGACGUGAACCAGAAACUGCAGGAGGACAACCAGGAGCUGCGGGACCUUUGCUGCUUCCUGGACGACGACCGGCAGAAGGGGAAGCGGGUGUCGCGGGAGUGGCAGCGUCUGGGCCGCUACAGCGCCGGCCUGAUGAGGAAGGAGGUGGCCAUUUACCUGCAGAAGCUGAAGGAGCUGGAGCAGCGGCAGGUGGAGGUCAUUCGGGAGAACCUGGAGCUCAAGGAGGUGUGCCUCAUGCUGGAGGAGGAGAGGGCUGCGGCUGCAGGGGGAGGAGGCGUCGGCGGGCAGGGAGGCCCCGGCCGCAGGAGCUCCAUCGACAGCCAGAGCAGCUUGUCCCAGCUGGGUGGAAGCGUCCCAGCACCUGGCCUGCUGCGGGACGUCGGCGAUGGGAGCAGCACCUCCAGCGCGGGGAGUACAGAUAGUCCCGAUAACCCCCACCUCAAACCCCCUCCUCUCGGCUCCAAUGCCGGCCCUGGAUCCAGGUCCAGACCGGGAGAUGUGUGUGAAUCCACAGGCAGAAGGCACAGCUCCACCCCAGAGUACCACACCUUCCCCCAGUCCUGCCGCCCCCGUGGGGGGUCCCUCACCAACCUGGACCCUCGUGGCCUUCGGGGACACAGCCCAGAGAAACACAGCAGGUCUCCCACCAGGCUACCAUGUGACUCCCACCCCAAACCCUGCAGCUCUGACCUACUAGCCCAGAAACAGCUAUUGAUGUCAGGGCAGGCGUCACCAGGCUGCGGGAAGGGCUCAGCCAAGUCCAGCCCAGAGCUGAGUCAGAGACACAGGCCGGUCCAUGUGGCGGGGGCAGGUUGUGGGAGUCCUGAGGCCAAGCAGGCAGCGAUGGGGACGCCGGAGCACCUAAGGCAAGGGAGGGUGAUUGUGGGUAGUCCAGAGUCUAUACGCCGCCACCAUCACUAUCAGCACAGUGCCGGGGUGGAGCACGGCAAGGGGAGGUACAGCGGUGGCUCCCCUGGGAGGGACGGGGGUCAGAGGAGGGCCACAGGAGAGGAGAUGCCCCCCCACCACCAGAGUCUGUACAACGUCACUUUCUAGAGGACAAAGUCAUCGUCUGUCAUGACAACGUGAUGUCGAGCAUUUCUUUUUCUGACGGCAGGAGGAGCGGCUGUCUCAGAGGCACUUAAAGAGAAUGAGGAUCAUUUGAUUAUUGAGGGAUUGUGACUCACUGUGGCCGUCCUCUUCAAACCGCUAAAGCCUUAUUGAUGGGGGCUCAUCAUACAGCCCGACCCCAUCAAGACAAUGCAUUAUGGGGGUUAUGGGAAGAAGGUCAGCACCAGAAUCAUUCAUUAUGUUGACAAUUCUUUGUAUCCAUUUUGUGCAUUCUGUCCACCGUUGCUGCAGCUGAUCUGAACGGCGUUUGGUGCUCGAACGCAGUCGAAGUGGCCGGACUCUUUAUGUGAAGAUGAAACCAUUUUACCAUCACUGUCCUGUUGCUGCUGUUAACAUUCAACCAGUAUAUAUGGAUAUAAAUACUGUAUAUAUUGAUUUAUUGUAUUUUAUAUGUUAUUCUAUGAAUUCUUUUUCUGUGUGUAGCGUGAAGGACCUGCAAACGUUCACUUCCAUAUUCAACCUUUCAGUGCAAGUUGCUGUUUUUCCAACAUUUUGAGAUCAUGUGCUUCUUAAUUACACCCUCAUUACAUUAUAUGUCUCAAUACGUGUCUGGAGAAGAUCUUUAAACUUAAUAGAGUGCUGAGUUUUAUAUGACUGGUACUGUACCGAUGAAGCUGUGGACGUUUUAGAAAACAACAGGAAAACAUGGAGGAAGUGUUGAGCCUGCAAAGGCAACCAGAUCAGACAACAGGAGGAGGAUCCUUCCAGAAAUGUGAUGAGACAUAAAGCGGGGGAAAUUAGAAAGAAAGCCUUCAAAUAAAAUCUUCUCUCUGCAGUUGAGGCUCUGGCCAAUAUUUGAGAGUGUAGAUUGUGUUUCUUUUAAGUAUUUAUAGCAGCACCCUGAGCUGAAACUAAAUUUAAUGUUCCAAGAGAAAACAUCCAUCCUCAGAAUGACUGUAGAGGAACAAUGGAUGAAGCAGUAAGGUUCACGCAGCUUCAGGAGCUUUAGUUGUGUCAUUAGAGUGUGAAUAAGUAUUUCAAUCAUAGCAAUUAAAUUGUAGUGACUGUAAAACUACACUUGAAAUGUGAUAACUGGACACAGCGGGGGAUGAGUGAGUGAGUCGAUAUUAGUUAUUCUGAACAAAUCCAAUCCUCCGCUUUGUUUCCUGAUUUCAUAACUUGCUUUAAAAUCUGCUGCUGCAAUGAUGGAAUUUCCCCACGGGCAUCAUUAAACUUAAAUCUGAUCUGAUCUCGUCUCCAGCAUGUGAUCACAUGUUCCCUCAUCCAGCAGCGGUCUGCUAGGAUGAAGGUCCAGCAGGGCAGAACAGAGGGAGAGUUCACUGGCUCUUAUCCCGGACGUUCAUGACCCUCAGUGCCAGCUAAGUCCCCGCAAUCUGUUCCCCCAGCUACAGACAACUGCUAUGUCUGCGUGUGUGUUUGAUAGAAAACCGGAAAUCAGAUUUGGUGUCAGUAUGGUACUCUGUGUGUGUGUGUUUGUGUGUGUGUAUGAGCUUGUUUUGCACCGACUGAGACAGAAUAUGUCGUCCAACUCCACCACUGAGACUUUUGCAUUGAGUAUAAGUGAAUAGAGGACUGUGGGACGACUAACAAUGUGUGACGCAUGUUGACAGGCUGACGCAGGCUGAGUGUGUGUGUGUGUGUGUGUGUGUGUGUGUGUGUGUGUGUGUGUGUGUGUGUGUGUGUGAGAGAGACUAUUUACCUUGGUGAUGUGUCAUAACAGCGAUGUGCCAAGCUGAAGGUCGCUGUGUCUUUCAGGAUCAUUGUGAGUAACUCUGGGUGAAGCACGCACAUCCCUCCCUCCUUUCUCUUCUUCCCAUUCUUGCUCUCCUUUCAACCGUCUUUGCCUGUUCACUACCGACUCUCUCUCCCUAAAAACUCUCUCACUAAACACUUUUACACUACAUGCCACAUUCACACACUGAUGCACAGGAGCAGUUUGGGGUUCAGUUUCUUGCUCCAGGAUACUUUGAUGUGCAGUGGGAGGAGCCAGGGAUCGAAGAUCAUCCUGUCAGGCUUCAAGUUACUGCGCCUGUGUCCGACCACAGCGGUUCGUGAGCUACGCGGUUGAACACUAAGUGUGUGUGUGUGACAGUGAGCGUGAGAAUGGCGGCUGCUGAAGCUCAGGGGUCGGCGACCUUUACCAUCAGAAAGGAAAAAGAAAAAUCUGUCUGGAGACACAAAACAUUUGUUUUCUGAUCGCAGAUCAAGUGUAUCAGUGAGCCGGCAGCGUCGGAGGUGGAAGACAAUGCACUGUGAAAUUCUUUCUUCAAGACUUUGUGUUUUGGAUUCUAGUGUUAGCUAGGGAGGCUCAAGACUAUUAGCCAUAAAGACAAAACAUAUCGAAAGAGGCACCAGGACGAAACGUAUGACUCAUAUUUAAGUUGAUUAAUAAUCAUUUUGCAAUUGGUCAUCCAACAGCGAUCAAUCUAAAUGUUAUUGAUUUUAAUGAAGUCAUCUUUUGGGUGCUUUUAUGAAUAUUUCUUUGAAUCUGUAAUUUUACUCUUACUGAAGUUUGAAAGACUCAGGUUGCCUUAAAUGAAAACAUAUAGAGGUGUACAUCCUCAUUGUGGCUGUUAUAUUAAUCAGCUGCUGCCUUCCUAAUGGCAGACAGUCACACAGAGGGGGCCGCUCCAGUAUCCGGCCUCUGUAAGCUGCACAACCAAUGCACACUUUUCUCUCUGUUCAGAAAAUAUCUGAUUAAUUGCUUUCUCCUUUAAAAUCCUAACAGACCUGAACUUGUGACUCCUCGAUCUGCUGAAGUAAUUUAUUAUUAAAGUGUGUGUGUGCCCUCAAUAUGUGCCGCGGUUGGUAAUUGGGUGGGGAAAACGAAGAGAAAGAAAGUCUGAGCUUAUAGAUUAGAUUCAUGAUGAUGGAGAACAAAGACGAAGCAUUCACAGGAACCAAGGUGGAAGCUGAAAAGAUUCAAACACCUGAGAGGGAAGGAAGUGUUUGUUGGUUUGGUAUUUCUUGUAUGGAAGUAAAAUUCUGACAUAACUUUGGCGGGAGAAGAAAGGUCAACAGGAUCAGUGGCAAACGAAUAAACUAUGAACUAUCUGUCAGCGUCUGUCGCAGGUAAACUCCACCCGGACUCUGAGUGCAGAUGUCAGCUGCUGAUUGGAUCCACAAUACUACGAACGAUAGAAUCAGCCGUAAUAACACUGGUUUGAGCUCUGCUGUUAGCUUAACACCGCUAGCCACUGCAGAACGGCCUCUUGUGUGUGUGUGUGUGAGUGAGUGAGUGUAUGUGUAUGUGUAUGUGUAUGUGUAUGUGUCUGUGUGUGUGUGU